AAGUUAGUAGGAUCUCAGCAAGUUCCAGCCUUCACCGAGAGAGGCUGCGUGUGUUCCACAAGUGCCGUGUGUGUAUGUCUCCUAAGGAGACUUCAUAAAGUUCAGCAGCAUAACUCAGCACACAAGACAGCAGUUCCUCACCCCAAGGAAGUCCACACAGCACAAGAAAAUUCCAAUGCAGACUGCAUACAGGGAGAGCCACGAACUUCAGGAACCCUGGAAUCUGUAGGUGCUCUGACAUGAGGAAGGACCAUCAGCCUCCUAUUCGUUCUUCUCCAAGCACCAUCCCAUAUUGCACACGUACUUGCUAAAAUGAUCAACAGCACACAAGGAGUCCUUCAACCUGGAAUUAAUGAAUCAUUAUUCAAUGAGACUGAGAGCAUCCAGUGUUCUUUUGCUGAAUUUUGGAAUUGGUUCAACAUAAUACAGACCCCAUUCCUCUGGAUCAUCUUUGUGUUGGUCACAGUCGAAAACAUGUUCGUCCUGAGUGUGUUCUGUUUACAUAAAAGUAGUUGCACAGUGCCUGAAAUUUACCUGGGGAACUUAGCUGCUGCUGACCUCAUUUUAGGCUUUUGCCUCCCUUUCUGGGCUAUUGCCAUUGCCAACAACUAUCACUGGCCCUUUGGGGAGGUGCUCUGUAAAGCUGUGAACUCUUUUAUGUACAUGAACUUGUAUUGCAGCAUUUUUUUCUUGAUGGCGGUCAGUGUUGAUCGAUACUUGGCUCUGGUGAAAACCAUGUCUGUGGGCCGAAUGCGAGGGACCUGUCAUGCCAAAUGCUACAGUUUCAUCAUAUGGUUUUUCACAAUGAUAGUGAGCUCCCCUGUGGUGGCUUUCCGUACACUAAAGGACUAUGAUGAGGAGGGCCACAAUGUCACUGUUUGUCGCUUUGUCUACCCAUCACCCAACUGGGUCAUCUUCACCAAUAUUCUCCUGAACAUUGUAGGCUUUGUGCUGCCUCUGUGCAUCAUUUCCUUCUGCUCUGUGAAAAUCAUCCAUGUUCUGCAGAACAAUGAAAUGCAAAAGUUCAAGGAGAUCCAGACAGAGAAGAAGGCUGCCAUCCUCGUCCAGGUGGUUCUUCUGCUCUUCAUCAUCUGCUGGCUCCCUUUCCAGGUCAGCACACUGAUGGAUACCCUCUUUCGGCUAAACAUCAUCUCGGGUUGUCAGGCUGAAAUUAUUAUUGAUGUGCUUACACAGGUAGGAACGUAUAUUGGUUAUAGCAACAGCUUCCUGAACCCUCUUGUGUAUGUUUUUGUGGGAAAAAGGUUCCGGAAGAAAUCCAAGGAGGUUUACAAAGGAUGGUUCAAGAUUGGGUGGUGUCAAUCAGACUCAAUCCAAACAGAAAAUUCGAUGAGCACUUUGAAGACCUCCAUAUCAAUGGACCGACAGAUAAACAAACUGCAUAGAUAUCGAGAGGGUAGUCAGUAAUUUGUUCUAUUUUAUUUUUAAAAGACUGUAAAACUAUGGCCGAACAUAUGUUCAGAGCCAUUCUUAAUAUGUGCCAGCUACAGUUGGGGGUCAGACCACACCAGGGGCCAGUCGAAAAGCUUUCACUUUUCUGGAGAUGCAGAGCAGUGAAGGGAGGGGAGUAGUAACUGAUCACCCAACUUUGCAUCCACCUAACCCCUCCUCUACACUGCCUCUGUAUGACAUCUUGGAUCCUCAGAAGAAAUGCUGGGCCUGGGAGCUCUCCUGCCUUCCAGGGACAGAGCAGUCACUGCCCAAUUUGGAGUUGGCCAAAUUGUUUUUCCUGAGGUUUUCUAAGGAUGGAAUCCCUGACUAAUGAAUACUCACCUCCAAGUUUAGUAAGGAAGUUGUUUAGGGAUAAAAGACAAGCAGCACUAUUUAACUCCCUCCACCUUCUGUAUAUUCAGAUGAAUAAUUCAAAGAAGUAAGCCACGUUUCAGUGCAAGAAAGAGAAUCUAAACCAAUUCAACAAGUAUUUCAUGCUUGUCUACUAUGAGACCUGCACUGCCGCUUGCCCUUGAGCAACAGUUGAGAAGAUGAGAGAAAUGCAUGUGACCUUCUAGGGUAAUGUGAAAGUAGAAAGAGGCAUGAUUAAAUUGGGGCUAAAAGGCCAAUCUUAGAGUUAGGCAAACCUGGGCUCAAGUCCAACCUCUGACACACACUGGCUGUACAACCUUGGACCAUUCACCUAACUUCUCAGGGUCCAAGCAACUCUCAAAGAAAAAGAAGUUAUCGAGGCCUUGGUAGAACAUAUCAGCUGCUAAAUUACAUCAGGGAACUCUAAGAGGUAUUCCUACAUCAGGCAUUCCCCACACCAAAAAAGUUACCAAUCUCACCUCAUUCUCACCUCAGCUCCAUCCCCCCCCCACAAAGAAAAUCAAAACGUAAAGUUAUGUGUGGUACUGGAAAGAAUAGAGUUCCUGGAUAUUGGUCUCUGAAUUACAACUAGCAGAUGGAACUAGCAUAACUUUAGGCAAAUCACUCGACCUUUCUGUGGUUCCACCUUGCUCAUUUGUGAAAUAGUUGGUGUCAAGAUUACAUGAAACUAAUGGGGAAGUACACAGAAAAGUGAAAUGUGCUAAAAACAAAGUCAGACAUUACUAGAUGCCAGUGAUGGAUGAAUUCAGUUGAGCAAUAAUUGUGGAUGUAAUAGCAAAGGAUCAUGGAGUCAGAGCUGGAAGGGGUCUUAGGAGUCCAAUAUACUUGUUUUACAGGUUAGGAAAUUGAGGCAUGGAAAAGUUCAUGCCCAAAGUCAUAAAACUAGUAUGUGUCUUGAGGUAGAAUCUGAACCCAGGUUUUCCUGGCUCCAAGUCCAGAGCCCUAUUCACCACACCAUGUAGCCUCUCAUGGAAGUGAAAUAUUGAAAAUAUUGCAGGUCUUCAAAUCUUUGUGAAAGGUACCUAAGGGUAGGGGCAUUGUGUAGUUAUCAUGGAUUAAUACCCACUACAGAAAUAACUUCUAAAACUUCAGUUUGUCUCAACAAAGAGCUCUGUGCUAAGCCCUACAGGUGCUUCAAAUAUGAAUUUCAAGACACCAUCUGUCUUCUUGGAGCUUACAAUACUAAGGGACAUGACUAAACAACUAUACUUCAGGUUAAAAUAUGAUAAGGCAUAUAGGUAUAGGCAAAGUCACCAUUGCCUGAGGUGAGCCUUGGAAGUUGACACGGUAGCCAAGCUUGUCCCUAAUUUAUCUUAUCAGAUUCAUUAUAUCUUCAAUAGGUACAGUGCCUAAUAAAGACUCUUGUGGUGGUUUCUGGGUGAGUAAGGGGGCUGUUGGAAAAGAGAUACAAGAAAAGUAGAAAUAGUCCUUGCCUUCAAGGAUCUUAAGACACACAUGUGAGAAAUGAAAUCACUAUAAAAAGCAACAAUACAAAAGACCACAUCAUAAUGCCACAGCAUGUUAGAGAUGGAAGGAACCUUAGCAUCAUGGAAUUUCAGAUUACAGAAUGCUUAAGUAGGAAGGAGACUUAGAACAUGGGAUAUUAGAGCUGAAAGGAGUUCUAGAGAUGAACUAGUUUAAGCCAAAACCUCAUUUUACAGAUAGGGAAACUAGUGUCCCAGACAGUAGAUUAACUUACUCAAGGUUAUACUGCUAAGGGAUAGAAGAGUGUUAGAAAUAAAAAUGUUGGAGGAUUUCAGAGGGGGAAGAAGUCAAUUUGGACAGGGGCAAUUGGGGAUGGGAUUUGAGCUGAGCCUUGAAUGAUAAGUAGUCUUCGAUAGGUCCACAUAUUUACAAAAUUUAAUCAUGAAUCACAAAGGUAUAAUUGCUUUAAGAUAUAAUCAUUUUUCUUUUGAUGUCCUUUACUGCCCACCUGCCCUAGUAGCUGGAGAAGAAAUAAUAACAAUGAUAAUAAUAGCUGGCAUUUAUAUAUCAUUUUGUAAAGAAAAGUGCUUUCACAUACUUCAGGUAGAAAUGAGAAGUAUCACCAAUACAGUAUUAAAAUGUAUAUAUUGCCAUGAUGUACAUAGGCCAACACGUAUAUAUUGCCAAGUGAAGGGAAAGGCAGAAAGAAAGAAAGUGAGGUUAUUUGUAGAGCAUUUCAUUAAAAGAGCACAGAUGAACCAGCAGUGGGAUGGUUCUAUAAAUAUCUCCUGAGCAGUUUGAGAGGCAUCUGCUUCCUCUCUUGCCAUUUCAAACAAUGUCACAGGGUGACUAGCCCUUGGCCCCAGAGCCACAUAGCAGAGGCAGUUAUUCAAACUGUCACACAUCUGAUACAAGUGUGUCUGUAAAGGGGAAGAGAAGAGAAAGUUGUGAUUAUGAGUUGUAUUGAUGUUGUAAUAUAAAGUAUUACGUCUUUCAAAAGAUCAGAAAUUGUGUUUCAAUGUAGAAAUAAAAUCAGUUUUACAUGUAAAGAAUAAAUGGAUGAAUGAUGUAAACAUG